UUAUUGUAGUGCAGCAAGUCGAACAACAGGGAUUUAAUUAGAAUAAUAUAUUGGUUUAAAUUAUAUAGUCAAUAUUCAAAAUGCAGUUCUUAAGCAUUAAGUUGGUGCCAAGUGUGAUAAUGGGUGUAAUUUUUGCGUUUAGCUCAUACGUAAAUGCAAAAUCUCCCGAAUUUAUCAAAAUAUGCGAACAUACCUCAACCGAUUGUUUGAGAGAGUCCCUCCAGGCUACUUUGCCAGGGUUUUUGAGAGGCGCUCCUGAUUUGGGAAUAGACAGUAUGGAUCCUUUCCAAGUCAACAAUUUGAACCUGACUCUGCCGGGUGGCUUGACCAUCAGCUUCAAUGAAGGCGUAGCUACCGGAUUCAGAAAGUGUAUUAUUGAUAAAGCAAGAAUGAUAAAAGACAGCUUGGACAUUCAGUUACACUGUAACUUGACCAUACGGGGGAAGUAUAUGUCCACGGGCAGACUCCUCAUGUUCCCCAUAGACGGCCACGGUGACUCGCUUAUUAAAUGCAGAAAUAUAAGAUUGGGGGCACUAGUAAAACUAGGAUCAAAAAUGCAGCAUUCUGAAAAAUAUUUAGACGUUAAGAGCCUGAAGGUGAACCACAAAUUUCAGGGUAGAGUGUCUUACCAAAUGACGAAUCUUUUCAAGGGCAACCCUGAGAUAAGUAAAUUAGUGUUAGAGUUUAUGAACAGUAAUUGGAGAUUAGUUGCCGAAGAGUUCGGAAAGCCGAUCGUUGACUUCGGCGUGAGCUCCAUCAUGACUAAUGUCAACCAACUGUUCAGGGUGGUGCCGAUGAAAGACUUGUUAUCGGGGCCAGUUGACCUGUGACAACGAAUCUACGAG